AUGUCCUUAGCGGUGAAGUCGCUUGGCGAAUUAUCCAAAAUAAAGCAUUACUAUGGAUUCCGGUAUCUCUUGAAUGCAGCAGUUCACGAGCAAAUCUUCGACAAAUUAAAGCUGGCCACAGUAUAUCCCGAGCCAAACAAACUGAAAAUACUCGAUCUUUAUCCAGGCCCAUCGCAACACUCUGCAAUUUUGUAUAAUCGCUGUAAACCCGCCCAGCAUGUUUUGAUGGACGCUCGACCAGACUUCGUCAAGCACAUUUCCCAAUUUAUCACUGAGAACAGCCAACACGCUCAAGGAUUCCAGCUAGUUACGCUUGAUCCGUACGAUUGGCAUUCGUAUACAGAACUGAUAGAUAGAAAUAAAGUAAUGGUUCCCAGCCAUAAAGGUCGUGAAGCCAUUCACAACGAGUUUCUAGUAGUGGCUAACCUUACCGGUAUGAUCGGUGAAGGGCUAUUUAUGCAAUGGCUAGCCUGUAUCGGAAAUUGCAAUUGGCUCCAACGGUUUGGCAGAGUUAAGAUAUUAGUUUGGGUUCCGGAGAGUACAGCUUUGAAGUUACUGGCUAAACCCGGAGAUCACCUGCGGUCGAAGUGUUCAGUAGUUACUGAAGCGUUUACCGAAACGAAACUCGUGGCCGUUAUGAAGAACAAGACAGAGACAAGCUUCAACUCUAGCUUGCUAGAAAAACAUCGUCCUGUGAUGUUUGAGUCCAAAGAUGUGUGGAUGCCCAGCGGAAAGCCCAUCAGUCUGCUUGAAAUCGACCCACGCGAUCACAAAGUCGACCUAGACAAUUUCGACUAUGUUACCAAGCAUUUACUCAUCUUAAAAAGUACACCACUAUACGAUGCCUUAGAAUCCCUAGGCCACGGUGGCAAGGAAUAUUUCUGUAGUGUGAUUGGCGAUGAUCGCCUGCUACAAAAGUGUCCUAAAGAUUUAACAGUUUCAGAGUUUAUAUACUGUACUGAGAUUUUUGAUAAGUGGCCGUUCAAACCCGAUAUUUAUUUGGACUUUAUUGACGUCUUUCAGGACAACGAUUGA